AUGAACUUUGAGGACGUAGAAGAGCGAGAUGGCGUCCGUUUGUCGUGGAACGUCUGGCCCUCCUCCAGGAUAGAGGCAACACGCACGGUUGUCCCUAUCUCUGCUCUAUACACACCCAUCAAGGUUCGCGAAGACCUUCCGGAGAUCCUCUACGAGCCUAUUACAUGUAAGCCGCCAUGCCGCGCAGUCCUCAACCCAUACUGCCAAAUCGACAUCCGCGGCAAGCUCUGGAUAUGUCCCUUCUGCUUGCAGCGCAACGCAUUUCCCCCUCACUAUAAGGACAUCUCCAACACGAAUCUCCCCUCCGAGCUUUUGCCCAAGUUCACGACGAUCGAAUACACGCUUUCACGUGGUGCGACCGUUCCUCCCAUAUUCUUGUUCGUGGUCGAUACCUGCUUGGACGAGGAGGACUUGAAGGCUCUUCGGGAUGCGCUGGUCGUCAGCCUGAGCUUGAUUCCCCCAUACGCCCUUGUCGGCUUGAUCACCUUCGGCACAAUGACCCAAGUACACGAGCUCGGAUAUGCAGAAUGUAGCAAGUCGUACGUGUUCCGCGGUGGGAAGGAGUACUCGCCCAAGCAGAUCCAAGACAUGCUCGGCCUGAGCUCGCAAAACCGUGCUGCGCCCCGCCCUGGCCAGCCGCUCCCUGCGCAGAAUUUCGGUGCCGCACGGUUCCUUAUGCCCGCUCAGCAGUGCGAGUUCCAGUUGACGGGCAUCCUCGAGUCCCUGUCUCGUGACCCUUGGCCUGUCGCGAACGACAAGCGUCCUCUGCGCUGCACUGGUGUAGCCGUUAGCGUUGCGGUUGGUCUCCUCGAGACGACCUUCCCCAACACUGGCGCGCGCAUCAUGGUCUUCUCCGGGGGUCCUGCCACUGAGGGUCCCGGUUUGGUCGUCAGCAACGAGCUCAAGGAACCCAUUCGCUCUCACCACGACAUCGACCGCGAUAGCGCGAAGCACUUCAAGCGGGCAUCGAAGUUUUAUGAGGGCCUCGCUAAGAGGGCGUCCAACAACGGCCACGUGAUCGACUUGUUCGCGGGCUGCUUGGACCAGGUUGGUCUGCUAGAGAUGAAGUCGAUGCCAAACUCGACGAACGGUGUGAUCGUGCUGUCCGACUCGUUCGCGACGUCGAUCUUCAAGCAGAGCUUCCUGCGCAUGUUCAACAAGGAUGCUGGAGGGUUCCUAGAGAUGGGUUUCAACGCGACAUUCGACGUUCAGACGACGAAGGAGCUCAAGGUGUCCGGAAUGAUUGGCCACGGUAUCUCUGCGGCCAAGAAGUCGCCUUGCGUCGGCGAAACAGAGAUCGGCAUCGGUCAGACCUCGGCAUGGAAGAUCAAUUCGGUCGACCCUCGUACCGCUGCGGCCGUGUACUUCGAAGUGGUCACUCCGGCCGGCCAGCCCCUGCAACCCGGGUCUCGUGGACUCAUCCAAUUUGUGACGCACUACCAGCACUCGAGCGGCAAGUACCGUCUGCGGGUGACGACGAUCGCGCGUAACUUCGCGGAGGCGGGCUCGCCGAGCAUCGCCGCGUCGUUCGAUCAGGAGGCGGCGGCGGUGCUGAUGGCGCGCAUCGCCGUGUUCAAGGCGGAGAUUGACGACUCGCCCGACGUGCUGCGCUGGCUGGAUCGCAUGCUCAUCCGGCUGUGCCAGAAGUUCGCGGACUACAGGAAGGAGGAUCCGACGAGCUUUAGGCUCACGGACAACUUCAGCAUCUACCCGCAGUUCAUGUUCCACCUGCGGAGAAGUCAGUUCUUGCAGGUAUUCAACAACUCGCCUGACGAGACGGCGUUCUACCGGCAUGUGCUGAACGAGGAGGACGUGAACAACUCGCUCAUCAUGAUCCAGCCGACGCUGAUGUCGUACACGUUCGACGUGCCCCCACAACCUGUCCUGCUUGACAGCGUGUCCAUCAAGCCCGACGUCAUCCUCCUCCUCGAUACCUUCUUCCACAUCCUCAUUUUCCAUGGAGAGACGAUCGCGCAGUGGCGCAAGGCGGGCUACCAGGACCAGGAGGGCUACGAGAACUUCAAGGAGUUGCUCGAGGCCCCUGUCGCUGACGCUCAGGAUCUCCUGGCGGACCGCUUCCCGAUUCCGCGGUACAUCGUCUGCGACCAGGGUGGUUCGCAGGCCCGAUUCUUGCUGUCGAAGCUCAAUCCGUCGACGACGCAUAUGUCUGCGAGCAUGUACGGCACGCCGGCGGGGGCAGGCGCAGGGCAGGCGAUCUUCACGGACGAUGUCAGCUUACAGGUCUUCAUGGAGCAUUUGAAGCGACUGGCUGUUGGCGCGCAGACGAACUAAAAGCGUCGUACAUUAGCGGAUGUUGUGUAUUUAUGGUAUUCCUUUUUGAUGUCC